CUGCAGCUGAAAGGACCCAACAGCCACGGUGCGUAGAGGAUGGCACGGCAGUAGUGGUCAGCAGCCCGUUCCGUUCUGUAGGGUGGAGCUUUCAAUGACACUCGUCUCAGGCAGGUUGUCGCUGUCAUCGAACAAGGUGAGGCUUUCCUCUGCUCUGGCAUUUUUAUGUAUCUGAUUACGAGUCAGACAUGAGCAGCCUACCACGUCAGUAUAAGUAAUCUUCACAGCCAAGUUCAGAGGACAGGUGGAUGCCCAACCCUUUCAGAGAGUGUCCCCGAGCAGAGCAGGACUGAGAGUUCCCCGGGGAAGUUGGCCACUACGAUUUCUCUCUCUGGAACUUCGGAGCCCUCGUUCUGUCACUAAACCUGAUACGCCGUCCAGAACAAAGAUGCCUAAAACGGUCAAUGUCCGGGUUACCACCAUGGAUGCUGAGCUGGAGUUCUCCAUUCAUCCCAGCACCACCGGCAAACAGCUGUUCGAACAGGUGUCCAGAACGGUCGGUCUGCGGGAGCUCUGGUACUUCGGCCUGCUGUUCGUCAACAACAAAGGGUUCCAAACAUGGCUGAAGUUUGAUAAAAAGGUGACAGCCCAGGAGGUAAAGAAAGAGGUUCCUCUCCAGUUCCGUCUCCGGGCCAAGUUCUACCCAGAGGACGUCGCUGAGGAGCUGAUCCAGGAGACCACCCAGAAACUGUUCUUCCUGCAGGUGAAGGAGGACAUCCUAACUGAUGAGGUGUACUGCCCUCCAGAGUCUGCUGUUCUGCUAGCCUCCUACUCAGUACAGGCCAAGUUUGGAGACUUCAAUAAGGAGACACACCAGAAUGGUUACCUGGCCAAUGAACGCCUGCUGCCCAAGAGAGUGCUGGAUCAACACAAGCUGUCUAAAGAACAGUGGGGACAGCGGAUCCAGACCUGGCACGAGGAACACAGAGCUAUGCUCAAGGAGGAUUCUAUGCUGGAGUAUCUGAAGAUAGCCCAGGACCUGGAGAUGUAUGGAGUCAACUUCUUUGACAUUAAGAACAAGAAGGGGACAGAGCUGUGGAUGGGGGUAGACGCCCUGGGACUCAACAUCUACGAGAAGGACAACAAACUGACUCCAAAGAUCGGCUUUCCCUGGAGUGAAAUUAGGAACAUUUCAUUCAAUGAUAAAAAGUUCAUCAUCAAACCCAUUGAUAAGAAAGCUCCCGAUUUUGUGUUCUACGCUCCUCGGCUGGGCAUGAAUAAGCGUAUCCUGGCUCUGUGCAUGGGGAACCAUGAGCUAUACAUGAGACGCAGGAAGCCGGACACCAUCGAGGUGCAGCAGAUGAAGACUAAGGCCAGGGAGGAGAAACACCAGAAACAGAUGGAAAGGGCCCAGCUGGAGAAUGAGAAGAAGAAGCGGGAGGCCAUGGAGAAAGAAAAGGAUCAGAUGGAGAGAGAGAAGCAGGACUUGAUGCUGAGGCUGUACCAGUUUGAGGAGACAACCAAGAAGGCAGAGAAAGAACUGCAGGAGCAGCUGGAGAGAGCUAUCCGUCUGGAAGAGGAGAGGAGGAGGGUGGAGAAGGAUGCAGCCAGGCUGGAGGCUGAGAGGCAGACUGCUCUCCUGGCCAAAGAGGAGCUGGCCAGGGAGGCCAAGAUUCAGCUAGAAAAUCAGGAACAGCUGGCUGCAGAGUUGGCAGAGUACACUGCUAAGAUCGCCCUGUUGGAGGAGGCCAAGAGGAUCCAGGAGGAAGAGGCCGAAACAUGGCAGAACAGGGCUAAGGAGGUGCAGGAGGAUCUUCUGAAGACUAGGGAGGAGCUUCACCUGGUAAUGGCCGCCCCCGCUGCCAUCCCGGCCCCUCCCUCACCUGACAGCAGCCACAGCAGCCACAGCGACCAGGAUGAAAGUGAGGAGAACAGCACCUAUAGCGCUGAGCUGCAGCAGCAGGACGUUAACGACCAAUGGGUGGAGGAGGAGCGCGUCACCGAGGCCGAGAAGAACAGACGCAUCCAGGAACAACUAAUGUCCCUGAGUGCUGAGCUGGCCCAGACCAGAGACGACACCAUGAAGACCCAGAACGACCUGCUACACACGGAGAACGUCCGCGCUGGCCGAGACAAGUACAAGACCCUGCGGCAGAUCCGUAUGGGCAACACCAAGCAGAGAGUGGACGAGUUUGAAGCCUUGUAGACCACACACACACACAGAGAGACAGAGAGAGAGAGAGAGAGAGAGAGAGAGAGAGAGAGAGAGAGAGAGAGAG